CUGCUCCGCUCGGUCCGAGACUUCAAAAAGCAGGGCGAGAGGAAAGUGGAGGCGACAGCGCCGUCUCCUCCGCAUUCUUCGCCUCGAAGUCAGAUGGGGAAGUCACCGGGGGAAGCCUCCUCCUCCUCCAAUCCUGCCGCCGGCGGCCGUCCGCCACUCCCCGUCAUGGCUCUCCGCGAGAAGAUCGUCGCUAAGGUCCAGCAAAAUCGAGUGACCCUCAUCGUCGGCGAUACCGGUUGCGGUAAAAGCUCCCAAGUGCCACAAUUCUUGCUCGAGGAAAAUGUUCAACCGAUAUUGUGCACACAACCUAGAAGAUUUGCUGUUGUUGUAAUAGCAGGAAUGGUAGCUAAAGCACGUAAUUGUGAAGUUGGACAGGAGGUUGGAUAUCAUAUAGGGCACUCAAAUGUCUCUGACCUUGGCUCAAAUCGAUCAAAAAUCGUCUUCAAAACUGCUGGUGUUGUACUGGAACAAAUGCGUGAUAAGGGAUUAAUUGCACUAAAGUAUAAGGUUAUAAUUCUUGAUGAAGUGCACGAACGAUCAGUAGAAUCUGAUCUUCUUCUUGCCUGUGUUAAACUGCUUAUGAUGAAAAACAAUGACAUGAGGGUUGUUCUCAUGUCUGCCACAGCUGAUAUUACAAGAUAUAAGGAUUAUUUUAAAGACCUUGGGAGGGGUGAAAGAGUGGAAGUUAUUGCAAUACCAAAUGCGCCACAACAAAGUAGCAUCUUCCAGAGGAAGGUUCUCUAUCUCGAUCAGGUUGCAGAGCAUCUAGGCAUGGAUUUAGAUUCGGUGUCAUCAAUAUGCUGUUCAGAAUGGGUCCCUGGUGAUGCUGAUAUUAAACCUGAAUUACAUGAAAUUAUUCACAAGUUAGUGAUGCAUAUUCAUAACAGUGAACCAGACAUUGAAAAAAGUAUAUUGGUAUUCCUCCCAACAUAUUAUUCUCUGGAGCAGCAAUGGGUUCGUUUACGACAUCUUAGUUUACUCUUCAAAAUACACAUUCUUCACCGAAGCAUUGACACCAAGCAAGCACUGUUAGCAAUGAAAGCCUGCCAAUCUCACCGUAAGGUGAUACUAGCAACAAAUAUUGCUGAAUCAUCAGUCACGAUACCUGGAGUUGCUUAUGUAAUUGAUUCGUGCCGAUCUUUACAAAUUUUUUGGGAUCCUGGCAGAAAAGCAGAUUUCUCUAAGCUUGUUUGGGUGUCUAAAUCACAGGCCGAGCAACGUAAGGGCCGAACUGGUCGAACUUGUGAUGGUGAAAUAUAUCGGUUAGUCUCAAGAUCAUUCUAUAAUAGUUUAAAUGAUCAUGAAGAUCCAGCAAUAUUGAGAUUAUCAUUGAGGCAGCAGGUGCUCAUGGUUUGCUGCUCAGAGUCUAAAGCAAUCAAUGAUCCCAAAGUCUUAUUGCAGAAAGUUUUGGAUCCUCCGGAGAAAGAUAUCGUGGAGGAUGCUCUUAGUUUGCUAGUCAAAAUGAACGCAUUGGAAAAGCCUCUUUCUAGCAGAGGCCGCUACGAGCCAACAUUCUAUGGGCGUUUACUUGAUAGUUUUCCGCUUUCUUUUGAUGCUUCAAUGCUGGCAUUGAAGUUUUGUCAGGUUGGGAUACUUCGUGAGGGAAUCAUUAUCAGUAUCCUAAUGGACAUCCAACCACCUCCGAUUUAUCAUCCUUUCGGCAAUCAAAAUUUGGUAUGGGAACUAGUUGUUUAUUUAAUAUCUGUGAUUUUCUUUUUACUGACAAUUUUCCUAUCUUCUUUUCCAAAGUACAUAGACAAUUUCUUCGAUGGUAGCAGCUGCAAGCCCAUUGCAAAGAAGGAAGCUUCAUUGAUGGCAAAUUUGUGUGCCUUUCAAUUUUGGGAGCGGGUUUUUAAGGACAAGCACCGUCUGGAAAGACUAAAGCACGUUGUUAAUGUUGAUGAAUCGUCGUAUUCAGAAGUCUUGUUUUCUAAACUAGAAGAGGAAUGGUGCUCAUUUCACAACCUUAUUCAGACGUCGCUGCACACUCUCUCUGAAAUUUAUGAAGAAACUGUCGAGAUACUGCAUCGAUUUAGGCCAGCCUUUCUUGCAAAAAUUGAAAUUCCCUGUUACUUUGAGCCAUAUACAUUCAAGCACACAUGCAUUUUGCAAUCUGAGCUGGCAACAGAUUUGGAUGCCCUAACACUGGAAGACGGGAACCUUGAUACCGCAACUAGACAAAAAUGUAUCACUUUACCAUAUGUUGCUCCUGAUGAUUUUGGUGCCACAUCUGUAUCUGAGAAACUGAAAAGUCUUGUUAAAGAAAUGCGGAUGCAAUAUGUGGAAGACACAUCUGGUUUUCUACCCAAUACCGCAACUGUUUCUCAAGCCAAUGAGCCUGCUAUUUGUAAAUUCUUCGCGAUCGGAGCAUGCAACAAGGGAGACCUUUGUAACUAUUCUCACUCAUAUCAGUCCCAGAGGCCACUUUGCAGGUUUUUCCAUACAUUUCAGGGAUGUCGGAAUGGAAAUGCGUGUUUCUUCCUACACGACUAUAACAGUAGUGGUAGGAGAGCAUUGAAUUUCUGCUUACAAGAAGAUGCAACUACUUCUGCUGAUUCCUUCUUGCAGUUGCUUCCAAUGUCCUACGAGUAUGUUCUUGUCUUGAAUGACAAUGAUCUAUUUUUUUCGGUUAACCUUGCACAAGUUUAUGAUGCGAACAAGAUAAUUGCCACUACACAUCGCUCAUACUCUGAAUUUGAGGAAUCGCUUGGGAUCACAGUGUUGUGUGAUGUAGCUGAACCCUGGUAUGUGUUUACGGAAAGUAAUGAAAUUUCAAUUCCUUGGGAGCAAGUUAGGUGUAUAUUAUGGUUUGCUGACAUCGAGGACGAUGCGGCGAGGCAUUACCAUCUUUUACAAGAUUUAUUCCGUCAUCUCGCUGUUAAAAUUUUGGCCGACACUUUGUUUGAUAUUCGGGUAAUUAUAACCAUCAACAACGUCAAAUUCGCACAGCUACAGGUGGAGAAAUUGGCAAGGGAGUGUUUUUUCUUUCUUACCGAGUCGUUUUGCUUCGACGAAUUAAGUUUCGGCAAGUUUUCUGGCUCAAAGAACACAAGGAUAAACAACCACAUCAGCGUGCCUGUUUCUUAUGUUUUCGAGUUGUAUCCCCCGACCGAUCUCCAAUUCGGGGAUUAUUCUACUGUGCUUCGGAAGGGUUUAUGUCGACAAUGAAAAGGUUUUUAUUUACUUUGUAAAUAUACCAGUGUGGAUCUAUAUAUAUGCUCAAAAUCUAUAUAAAAACAGUGCUUGUUAAGAGUAUUCUCGGAUCA